ACCGAGGAAGAUGCGCGGCCCGAGCCGAGGACCCCGAGGGUGACCCCGAAGAGCCCUGCUGCAAGGCGCCGAGUCCGCAGGCCCUGCCAUGGAAGGUCGCGGGGAACAAGAAGGCAGCGGCCAGGCUGGUGGCCAGGACGGAGGCCCGGACGGUGGCCAGGACGGCGACACAGGGCGUGUCACGGCCCAGCUGCUCAAGGCGCGCACGGGUGAGUUCGCCCUGGACUCCAUCCUGCUGCUGAAGCUGCGGGGCCUGGGGCUGACCGAGCUGGGCUGCCUGGGCGACUGCACCGCCCUAGAGUGGCUGGACCUGUCCGGCAAUGCCCUGACCCACCUGGGCCCUCUGGCCGGCCUGCGCCAGUUGGCCGUGCUCAACGUGUCGGCCAACCGGCUGGUCGGGCUGGAGCCUCUGGCCGCGUGCGAGAGCCUACAGAGCCUCAACGCCGCGGGCAACCAGCUGGCCGGACUGGGCCAGCUGCAGUGCCUGGUGGGCCUGCGGCGACUGGAACGACUGCGCCUCCGCGACCCGGUGACCCGGCUCACUAACCCCCUGUGCGCCAGCCCUGCGUACCGGGGGGCCGUUGGGGACCUGCUGCCAGGCCUCAAGGUCAUCGAUGGGGAGCGGGUGUCCGGCCGGGGCAGUGACCUGUACCAGCUCUGCCGAGACCUGGACAGUUCCCUGCGUCGGGGGGCCCCUGGUCCCGGCGACGCGGCCCCCGGGGUGGCUCAGCCCUGGGUGGAACCGGGCUACUGGGAGGUGCGGGCGGGCCGGCGCGGGGCCGUCUCCAUCCUGGACGAGGCCUGCCGCCAGUUCCAGGAUGCGCUGCGGGAAUGCCGGGAGCUGGCCCGCACGGCCGACGAGACCCUGGCCCGGGCCGAGCGGGCCCUCGCCCCCCGAGGGGACACCCCCUCCUCCUUCGUCUUCUGACCUCCCCUCCGUG